GGAAAACGCCUCCCGACCCGGAACCCACGCCGUCCCCGUGGCUCACUCCUCCGGGCCCACGCGGGGAAGUGGGCAAUCCUACCCGCGGGCGUUUGCCGGGAAGAAAGGUCCCGUGGCCCAGAGGAGACGCCUGCAAACAGCCUGAAGCCGCAGCACAAAUGCCUGUCACGGGGCGGCUGUGGGCGGGUGGUGACGGCGGCGCUGGGAGCUGCCCGGCUGGGGACGCUCGUUUGGAACUUGUGUUCGUGCGCACAGCGAGGGGCGAGGCUCAGGGCGCAGAGCCCCCCCACCCCCGACACCAGGGUCUUCCCGGCCGCUGGAAUGGGAGUGGCACCAGAGGCCCAGGCCCAGGGGAACCCCGAGAUGUCGGACGCAGGACAGGCGGGCCACGACGGUGCCGUCCACCGAGAGCGGCCGCUCCGGUUCCCCUCCGGUGCACCUGCCACUCGGGGCCGGGUCCCGCCCCCUCAGUCGCUCUCCCGGAAGCUCGGCCUCCAUCAUCUUGCUUCCGGUUCCGCUCGCGCCUUCCGGUCCCUAUGGCGACGGGGCGCCUUGGGUUGGAGGAGACUCUGGGGGCCCUCAACGCGGCCCUGGGCCCGGGGGGCCCCGUAUGGUUCAAGGAGACGCGCGCCCGCCACCUGCGCGUCCGCGACUUCCUGGCGCCGCGGCGGGCGCUGCAGGCGCGCUUCGGGGACGGGCAGGUGCCUGAGCGCGUGCUCCGUGCUGUGGUCGACCUGCAGGGCCCCGGCGUGGCCCCGGUGCUGCGCUGCGAGCCGACCCCCGCGGGGCUGGCGCUCCGGCUGCAGCGCGCGGCCGUCUUCGAACGGGUGCUCGGGGCCGCGCCCGCCGCCGCCGCCGCCCCCGCCGCCCGGGGCCCGCGUGUCCUCCUGCACUGCCCCGCGCUGCGCGCCGCCCCCCGCGCGCUCCGCCUGAGCCAGCUGCGGGCCGUGCUCGUGGCCGACCACCUGGCGCGGGCUCUGCGUGCUCGCGGGGUCGGUGUGCGCCUCGUGCCCGCCGUGCGGGACCCGCACUGGGCCGCCUUCCUGCAGCAGCUGCGGGUGGACUGGCCCGCUGCCCCGGAGCGAGCCGGAGCCUCAGCCGAGGCCCUGAGGAGGCGCGCGCUGGCGGAGGUCACCCCGGCGGGAGACCCGGGAGCUCUGCCCGCCGGCGCCCUGGGCACCGUGAGCCUGAAGGAGCUGGCGGGAGGACGGGGACGCGCGGCCGGCUCUGACCCCCACCUGGACCGCUGUCUGGUGACCGAGGACCUGCUCUCCGUGCUGGCUGAACUGCAGGCGGCCGCGCAGCUCGGGCCUGAGGACGGCUCCCCGGGCCUGGCCCCCGCCCCCGGGGCUGGUGCGGACAGCUGCGUGGUGGUGCACGUGGUGAGCCCCGAGGAGGAGUCCCAGCAACAAAAGCUGGACCUGCUUUGGUGGAAGCUGGAUGAGCAGGCUCCUCUCGCACAGAAGCACCUGGUGUGUGGCCCAGUGAGCGCAGCCGGUGCGCCCAGCACCCUGACGGCGCCCGAGUACUACGAGCUCCGGCUCGCACAGGUGCGCACGGCCUCAGCUCUGAAGCACAGCAGGGACCUGGCACAAGACCCGGCCUGGACAGAAACCUUCAGGGUUCUCUCGGCGGCGACCAUCAAGUUUGAGAUGCUCAGCAAGGCCCCGCAGAGCCAGCUCCUCCUCGACCUGGCCGACAGCAUUUCCACCAAGGGCACCAAGAGUGGCACCUUUGUCAUGUACAACUGUGCCCGCCUCGCCACACUCUUUGAGGGUUACCAGCGCGGCGUGCAACAAGGUCUGUACCCCACUUUCCCACCUGUGAGCAGCCUGGAUUUCUCUCUGCUCCGUGAAGAGGGUGAGUGGCUGCUGCUCUUCAACAGCGUCCUCCCCUUCCAAGACCUCCUGAGCCAGACCACAGCCCUGGACAGGGCCCACCACGCCCCGGGGCUCCGCGUCACUGCUCGCACGGAGACGGUGUGCAAGUUCCUGGUGCAGCUCAGCAUGGACUUCAGCUCUUACUAUAACCGGGUACACAUCCUGGGGGAGCCUCGGCCACACCUGUUUGGUCAGAUGUUUGCCCGGCUGCAGCUCCUGCGGGCUGUGCAGGAAGUGCUCCACACAGGUCUGGCCAUGCUGGGUCUCCCGCCACUGAGCUACAUCUAAGGCCACAGAGGGCCAGUGUCUGGGAAUGUUCACAAGGUCAUCACCUGAAAAAAACCCCGUUGCUUAGACGUGGAGACUAAUAAAUCGCUACAAAGCUUU